AUGGAUCUCGAAACACUACCGAACGAAAUAACCACCCAUAUCUUCACUACCCUGCCCACCAUCUCCUCCGUUCUCGCCUUGGCAUCCACAAACCAUCACUUCAAUACAAUCUACCACGGCUCCCAACGCCUUGCCAUCCUUUCCGCAGCUGCAGACGCCGAGUACGGACCCUUAAAUGACAUAAUCCAAAUCUGCACCUAUAACGCCUCUCAACCCGCCCACACACCACGCACGGUACCCAUGUCCGAUGCCCUCAUCAAAGAAGUCCUUCGUAUCGGAAAGGUCGCGAAGCAGUGGGAGGAUGUGUAUCCGUUCAAGAAAUGGAAGGAUGAUUAUGCCGCUCGACGCUUGCUGUCGGAUGGGGAACGCUAUGCCCUUCGUCGCGCCCUCUACAGAUUGUGGCAUUACACCAAAGCCUUCCACAACCGGCAACACCCACGCACCACACGUAAUACACCCCAACUAGUCGCCGAACGCGCCGCUCUCCUCCACAAUUACCCCACCGUCGAACUGGCAGAAAUGUACGAUGUCCAGCUCGUGCUACGAGACGUAGUAGCCAACAACAUCUGUCCCUCCAACGGCCGCAUCCGUCAGAAAUUUCAAAAGCGAUAUCCGGAUUCCAGUCAUCAGCUUCUGUUCAACAUCCACCUCAACUACCCCGCCCCAGCCUCGACCUGGUGCUCCACAGCCGCUGACAACGCCUGGCUGAACCCAACACUGCUGCAGUACUCGAAAAGCCACCACCACCACCAACCACAAUCCACCCCAUCAAACGGCUUCCACAACCGCCUGCUCCCCUCCCGCCACCAUGAACCAGGUGCCGAAGGCUGGGGCGACGACAUCAAUCAUUAUUACGUGGUGGAGGAUAUGAUGAAACUGGAUCCCGGACAGAUUUUGCUUCUGAAGGAGAGGUAUUUUCUCAAGGGCCAUGUGGAGGCUUUUGUGCGGUUGGAGGUUGAUGGGGGCGAGGGGUGGUUCGUGGAUAAUGGAGAGACGUUCUCGGAGACGCUGUGGAGUGUUUUGAGGCAGAGGCAUAUGGAUGAUGUGGAUGGUGGUGUUGAGGGACUGAAGCGGGAGGUAGAGGAUGGGGUACUUGGGGUGGCUUGUGGAAGGUGA